CCAACCCACGCCUAUACGAAAAGAAAAGGCCUCAUUUGCUACACUAUUUCUUUUUCUGAAAGGUAGAAAUCAAAAUGGUGACAUCUUUUCAAGACCCAACUCCUUCCUUCAUGAUGUUAUGCCUUGGGGAUUUUUCCUCCAACUUGUGUAUACCAACAAAGUUCAUGACCAAAUACAGACAAGCUGUGCAGCAUUCAGUAGUUCUAGAAACUGAAUAUUCCCCAACAAGUUGGGAUGUGAAGAUCAAAAAUUUGAGUUCGGAUUUUUACAUGACAGAUGGUUGGUCGGAAUUCGUGAAAGACAACCAACUUGGUGAACUCGACUUCCUCACUUUCCGUUUCAUGGCUGAAUCAACUUUUAGGGUUUCCAUUUAUGGAGGCGACGGCUGCCCCAAACACCCUACUCCCAUGAGCUCUCGUGGAGGGGAUGUUGAUAAAAUCGAGAAUGGGAUGACGAAGGGGAAAAGAGGGACCAAGCUGUAUAUUCUACCUUCCUUCUUUUUUAGACUUAUUGUGAUUAUGUUUGGGUUAAUACACCAAUUUUGGCCAAAAUUCGUUUUUGACGCUUACCUAAAAAAGGAGAUUCCACCCAGUCGUUCCGCCCAUGAUGUUAAUGAGAGUGGGAUUAAGAGGGGAAGUGUACGGCCUCCCAAGAGAAAAAUAGAGGGCAACCCGCUCUGCUUUGAAGCUCGUAUGAAGCCGUAUCACAACUCAAGCAUUAGUCUUCCUCAAGCAUUCUCAAGGGCGGCAAAUAUGGAGAUGAAAAGGCAAGUGAGGGUGGAGUUUGAAGGCAACCGCCAUGGCUUUUGUGUCGCGGUGUAUCCUAAACGGCGGAGGCCUACCAUAGAACUAACGAAUGGCUGGCGCGAGUUCCGGGAGGCGAAUGGGUUAGUACAAGGAAAGACGUAUAGUUUUGAGUUCAAUCCUGACGACCAAGUCAUCUAUGUCAAGGAAGUAGCUUCUUAAUUAUGUGGGUAUAUAGGGUGGUAGCAUAUGCCACUACAAGAAAAUGCAACUCUAACGACUGAAUUUUCGAUCACAAAAAAACGGAUGUUAUCUUCCUUAACAACCAUAUGGUGUCUUCGUUUUUUGUAUCGUCGUUCUCGACUCUAAGGACCGUUUUUUCGAUCGUUAAUAUAACAUUAACGACUGCGUUUUUAAAAACAACAAUUGUUUUUUGGUCUUUAAAAAUUUGUAUUUCGUCCGCUCUCUGCGACAGUUAAAAAAUACAAUGACCGAGUAUACGGUCGUUAGGUAAUGACCGUCUCAUUCCUA